GCAAACAACAAAACAACUUCCAUCAAAACAAAUUGCCAUAAAUAUCACAUAGAAUAUUAAUUAAUUAACAAUUUCUCAUGGCUAAUUAUCCCUCGGCCAAGUUUAUGGAGUGCCUGCAAUAUGCGGCUUUUAAACAUCGUGAACAACGUCGCAAGGAUCCCAAGGAAACCCCGUAUGUAAAUCAUGUAAUAAAUGUAAGCACCAUCCUCUCCGUGGAGGCCUGCAUCACGGACGAGGCUGUCCUAAUGGCUGCUCUCCUUCACGAUGUGGUCGAGGAUACGGACGCCACGUUUACGGAUGUGGAGCAGCUCUUUGGCGCUGAUAUUUGUGGAUUGGUGCGCGAGGUUACGGAUGAUAAAUCCCUGGAAAAGCAGGAACGAAAGCGCUUGCAAAUCGAAAAGGCAGCUAAAACAAGUCACAGGGCCAAGCUCAUUAAGCUGGCAGACAAGCUGGAUAACCUAAGGGAUCUGCAGGUCAACACGCCAACGGGCUGGACAGAGGAACGCCGCAAUCAGUACUUUGUUUGGGCCAAAAAGGUUGUGGACAACCUGCGGGGCACCAAUGCCAAUCUGGAGCUCAAGCUAGACGAGAUCUUCCGUCAACGAGGCCUGUUGUAAAUCCCCAAAAACAACAGCAAUUACACACACGGGAACAUA